CUCUGCGCGGAAGGCUGCGGUCAAGUUCGGUAAUGGUGCUCGGGGACUAAGGCUCGUGCUCGCGCUGCUUCUGUCGUGUAACGUUUUUGAUCGACUUUUCACGAGUGACACACAUUCCACCGCAGUCGUGAAACGUCCAUAGUUUAGUGCAGAGAAGAGAAGUAAAAUUCAUCGGUGUUGUUUACAAGAACCGCACUAGCGAUCGCCGAGUUACGCAAUGGCCAGCUCAAGGUGCAGCUGGGCCAUGGGGCCGAGCGUGCGCGCCACUCUGGUUGUGGUGUCGCUGGGUGCCCUCACCGUCCUCUACCACAUCGCCUCUGUGGGACAGACGGGGCCGCCAGACUUCUUCCAGGUGCGCAAAAUAUCCGGUGGCGAGUACCUGGUGUCGAGCCCCAGCUGCCGCAUCCCGGACAUGCCGGCGCGCCACCCGUCCAUUAAGGGGCUGCUGAAGUCGGUGGGGCCGAUCGUGUGCUCGCGCCGGCCGCCGCCCAGCUACGUGGAGCGGCUGUCCACGGGGGCGCACGUGCUGCGGCUCGAGGACAAAGCGGCGCACUGCUGCUACCACAACAUCACCAGGCCCGCCGACCUCGACAUCGUCAAGACACCCGAUGAACUCUACAACCUCUCAGAGUGCAAACCCAUCGAGAACGGGGAGGCACGGUUGCUGCCUGAGGAGGAGUUCCUGCUGGUGAAGUGCGGCAAGGUGAUGGUGAACGCGCACGUCGUGGUCGCCGAGACGGAAGCUGUGCGCAGGCGCGUGGACGCGCAGCAGGAGCAGGCUGCCCCGGGCCUCAGCGUGCUGCUGCUCGGCAUAGACUCCAUGUCGCGGCUCAGCCUCUUCCGCACCAUGCCGCACACGGUCGAGCUGCUGCAGCGCCGUGGCUGGGUCGAGUACAAAGGCUACAACAAGGUGGGAGACAACACAUUUCCAAAUCUGAUAGCUCUUCUGACUGGGCUGAGCUACGAAAAGGUCAAGAAAGUCUGUUGCAAGACAAAGGAAACACCAAUGGAUGACAUCCCUCUUAUCUGGAAGGAUUUUCAUCAACAAGGAUACAUAACUGCGUACGCUGAAGAUGAAGUAUUUAUUAGCACAUUCAACUACCAGAAAGGUGGCUUCAAGCAUCAACCUACAGACUACUAUCUUCGACCCUUUUUCCUUGCCACAAACAAGAAACUGAAAUCUAAAUCUACUGAUCAGUCAGCUACAUGUGCCGGGUCACUUUCUGUUUCAGAACACAUUCUUAGGUAUGCAGUAGAUUUUGCAACUGUUUUUCAGAAUGCCUCAUAUUUUGCACUCUUUUGGGUGAACAAUUUUAGUCAUGAUAACCUCAACACCCCUAGUGCUAUGGACAUUAAAAUCAUGUACCUCCUUCAAGAGCUGACAGACAGUGGUGUUCUGAACAAUACACUCGUACUUUUUUUCAGUGAUCACGGAAUGCGCUUUGGGAAGAUACGAGAAACGGUUGUUGGUUGGUUUGAGGACAGACUUCCCUUCCUGUAUUUCUGGAUACCUCCUUGGUUUAGGAGUAAUUACCCUGAUGCCUAUAAGAAUAUUGUCACAAAUAGCAACAGACUAACAUCACCUUUUGAUGUUCAUGCGACUCUGAGGGACGUACUUGAAAGGGCAGGAAGGACAGACAGUGAAAUGAGUGUCAAAAAUGCAAGUCUCGAAUGCCCAACGUGUAACAGUCUCUUCAGGGAAAUUCCCUAUGAUAGGAAAUGUAAGGAUGCAGGUAUUCAGCCUCACUGGUGUGCGUGCACGGAGUACAGGACGGUGUCUACCAAAGACACUACCAUGCAGGCUUGUGCAAAAUAUGCACUUUCUGAGCUGCAGUCUAUGUUAGAUGCUGCAAACAAGGAGAGAAAAGUGAAACUUUGUGCUGAUUUGAAGUUGAAACGAGUAGUUGAAGGGAAAAGCAAUGAUCUAGAUGUUAAAGCAGAAAAGGAUCAUGUGGACUACGUAGUUGUGUUUCAGACUACACCUGGUGAUGGACUGUUUGAAGCAACUGUCAGACACUUCCACAAAGAUCCAGCAUCUUUCAGUCUCACAGGACAAAUUAGCAGGCUAAAUAUUUAUGCCAAUCAAAGCAGGUGCAUUUCAGAUGCUCAUCUGAAGCUUUACUGUUACUGUCUAGAUAAAAAAGUGUGAUUCACAAAAUUUCCAAGAAAUGACUAUUGCUUGUGCGUCAAUGAGAGUUACCAGGUAGCUCAAAUGUGGUUCCAUUCUGUAGCAUCUAUAUGUUCGUGAAACAAUGAAAUGUCAUGUUGUAAUGACAGUAAGAUAAAUUAUUUUGCAGACAAGAAUUUUUAUGAUUUUUUUUUCCUUUUACCAUGGCUGUGAAGCUAAAUUUUAUAUAGAAACUGUUCAGUGGCUGCUCUUUAAGAUUGUGACUGAAGUAGUUGCAAUGAAAGCAGUUAUCUAGUUGGUAUUACUUUUUAUGUUGUGUUUAAAAGUACUUCUCAUACUUUCAAGGACUAUGUAUUACAUCCUGUUAAUAUGAACUUACCUUUUCUGUGUGGUUAUUUUUUCUGGUUACUGAAGUGAUGUCUAUGGUUGUUCAUAGAGUUCAGGAAAUCAUAGUUCCUGCAAGUGCAUGAGGACAGUACAAAUGUGUUAAAUGUGUUCCAAGGCCAAAUAGAUGGUGCUCAUUGUACUGGUUGCAGACUGUCUAAUGAGAAAUGUUACUGUUGUGUUUCCCUUUUCUUUCAGCAUGCCAGCUGGUAUGGAGUGCUGAAUUUUCAGAACAGGAAAUUUCUUGAGCACUGAAUAUUUUGUAUUUUCUUCAUUAUAAAACUUCAUUCACUUGUUACUUUGCAAUGUAUGAUUAUCACACAUGUACAGGUCUUAGACGGAGUACACCACAGUUCUAAAAAUGUACCCUACUCUGCUUCAGUGAAGAAUCCCAAAGUAUGACAGCUGUAAGCUGCCAGAAGACAAACUGUAAGGGAAAUAUAGGAUGUAAUAUAAAUGAUGAAGAUAAGAAAGAUAGCCAUUGUACUCAAGUAUUAUUUUGCAGAUAACUCCCCCCCACACACACAACCAUUUUCAAUAGGCAAAAGAUAAAGAGCAUUCCCUCAGCUGAAAAAGAGGUGUGGGUGGUGGGUGGUGGGUGGUAGUUAGUUGAAGGAGGGCAGAGUAAAAGGCAAUAGAAAAAUUUUUUGGAUCACAAUAAACAAGAGAGAUGAAGAAACGGGAAAAGAUAAUGAGAUUUGAGGCAAAAAAUGUAGCUAAUGCAGGGGACAAAGGGGUAUUUGGAGCUAAUGUGGAGGUUUAGGAGGGGGACCUGGGGACAGGGUAGAUGAAGGAUUAGGACUGGGAUAAAAGAUACAAAAGGGCGUAGGGCAACAAUAAUGACAGACAGGGAAUAGAGGAAAGUGAAUACAGAGAUUAGCAGAGACGGAGACCAGGAGGGUUGUGCAACUAAAGGAUACACUGGUAUAAAAGUUUCCUGAACACUUCAGAGAAGAUGCAGUUCAUUGGAGGCAAGAGGAUGCAUAUAGUAUUAGAGAUGAAGCAGGUGUAGAAAUAAGUCAUUGUUCAGAAGAGCAGCUGGGUGGUCCAGCUUUCCACAUUCUUCUGAGCAGCAACAGGGUAGCCAUUUUACAAAGAAAGUAGUACAGCAACAACAUUGCAGUUGCUGUGUAAAAGAACUGCUUUCAGUAGUGGGAUUCUCUAUUGAGAUACGCUAGUGACAGGACUGGAAUAGAGAACAAUGGACAGUUGCAUGGAUAAUUCUUAAAAGUGUGUUUCUUUCACAGAUGAGACAUAUGGGAGAAGGUGUUUGGAGUGGGAAUCUCAUCAGAACACACUAGGAUAUUCUGUUGGCUGGGGAGAGUAUGUAGGCAACAAUGUGGGACAGAUAUGUUUAAUGUUAGAAAAAGACAAAAGGUAAUUAUGCUGAGACGCAUAUCAUGUUUCAGGCGCUUUUCCUCUGUGAUACUAUUUAAAUGGCGGGAGGGGGGGAGAGGGCAGCCAGCAGUAUGUCCAAACCU